AUGUUUGUCCCCAACGGGUUGAGUUCUAGGCACACCCAUCGAGAGCAGAUACUUCAGGACACGACUGCUUCUCACGCAGGUAUCGAAGACUCUGUGCUCGAGGAAGUAAUCAUGGCCAUCGAUAUGAGAGAAAAAUCCACCAUGGGAUGUGCCUAUUUCAGUACGGAGGACGGUAUACUAUACAUGUCCGAAAACAUACCCAAUGCUUCCUUGGAUGAUAUUGAACAAUAUGUCGCCCAUGUCAAUCCAACCACGGUUCUUGUAUCUGGCAAGGCGCCGGAAGAACUUUUGGGGCCCCUCGAGCGGCAGGCCAACGCGGAUGGUUCAGAUGAUACCAAUUUCGGAGCGUUCAUCUUGAGGGCGCUCGCAGCCUCGGAAUUCUCGAAUCACACCGCCCACGAAAGACUGAUCAGCCUUCAAUUGGAAGCGACCGACACUUCUCGGGCCGUUAUAUCUACAGUGGAAGAUAGCCUCGAUGAGGAUACUAUGCUGGGUCAAGAAGGAUCACACGAGUCACGACAUAUUAAACUGAUACGGUGCGGCACGUUUGUCAAUCUCGAGAGCAAUGUCGCUGUCAACUGUGCCGGGGCCAUUCUUGGUGACCUCCACCGACGACGAUCCAUCGGGCAAUUGCCUGACGGUCAGUUUGCUGAGAUCGUUUUUCAUGCUCGAUCGCUUAAGAACUUUUCCGCCUCAAAUGGCAUGAUUGUCAAUUCUGAGACUCUUCAGGCUCUUCGGAUCCUUCAGUCUGAAGUCCAUCUUAACAGCCAUUUAUGGGGCUCCAAGCCCGGGGGCAGUGAGGUCAAAGAAAAACUUUCGGUAUACGGCAUGCUUCAUCCGCUAGCAUAUACCCCGCAAGGACGAAGUGCCUUGCGCAAGAUCCUUAUCCGUCCGACUCUUGAUAUGGAUGUUCUUGUUGAGAGACAGGCCACCAUAUCAUUUCUCCAGCGUCCCGACAACGCAGAAAAAGUCAGGCUUGCGGGUACUGUACUCAAAAGAGUCAAGAAUGCCAAUUUUGCCCUCUCGCAGCUUAAAAGAGGAGUUGACUCGCCGUCUUCGGGGAAGUCAUUCGACAAGGGAGCUUGGGCAAUCCUUAGAGACUUCGCAUCGCAGGCUCUUAAAUUGAGAGAGAUUGUUGGCACGAUGUCAGGCAGCGAAUCUGUUGUCAUAUGCCAUGAGGUCAAGAACAUCCGGGUGAGAGAGCUCAUGGCAAUUGGCAGUAUUAUAGAUAAGAAUAUCGAUUUUGAACAAUCAGAUUCUCGUCACCGCUCAUCCGUCAAAGCAGGAAUUGAUCCUCGUCUCGACGAGCUCAAGAGACGAUAUGACGGCAUGGGGAGUUUUCUCACCGAAGUUGUGAACUCUAUAAGCCGUGUGGUACCAGAGUGGGCAGCUCAGUAUAUUCGCUCGUGCAUAUUUCUACCCCAGCUGGGGUUCUUGACGGUUGUCGAAGCCGACCAUGAGACUCGACGAGGUAAAUACAAAGGAGAGGGACUGGGAGAUGAUGAGUGGGAGGGGCUGUUUAAUGCGGAUGGGAAAGUCUGCUACAAGAACAAGUAUAUGAAGGAACUCGAUGACCAGUAUGGAGACAUGUACUGCGAAAUUGGAGACAGAGAAGUCGAAAUCGUCCACGAGCUAGCUUGCAAUGUCAUCACCCACGAAGAAGCAAUCAUCGAGGCAUCGGGUUUAUGCGGAAAGUUGGAUGCGCUGAUGGCCCUCGCACGGGGCGCAGCGAAAUAUGGAUGGGUCUGUCCACAACUCACGACGACGAGAAUCCUCAAUAUUAAAGGAGGCCGUCAUCCUCUCCAGGAGCUUUGUGUUCCCUCAUUUGUUCCCAACGACUGCUACUUGGGCGGGGGUCAGAGAGACGAUGCAGAGGAAGCCUCUGACCAAGCACCCACCGCACUGGCCCUUACAGGGCCGAACCACUCGGGAAAGAGCAUCUACCUCAAACAGGUAGCUAUUGUCGUGUACCUUGCGCACGUUGGAAGUUUCGUGCCAGCGACCCAGGCCACUAUCGGGCUCACGGACAGGAUCAUGACACGCAUGUCCACGAGGGAGAGCAUGAGCCGCCCCGAAAGUGCAUUUUCCAUCGACCUUGGGCAAGUGGCGCAUGCGAUGAGAACCGCGACAAGGAGAAGCCUGGUGCUCAUUGACGAGUUUGGCAAGGGGACCAACGGCCAGGACGGGGCAGGUCUCUUGGCGGCAACAGUCGACCACUUCUUGAAUCGCGGACCAGAAUCACCAUUUAUACUGCUGGCGACCCACUUCCACGAGCUGUUUGAGGGCGGCUAUCUAGAUGGGUAUCCUGGUCUUGGCAUGGCACACAUGGAGGUGAAGACGGACUGGAGCGCAAGCCAGACAGACAAGCAGAUCACCUACCUGUUCCAACUGCGCGCAGGUCACAGCGCGUCAAGCUUUGGGGCGCAGUGCGCGGUCCUGAACGGUGUACCGCGCGUCGUCGUUGACCGGGCAGAGGCCAUCACGCGACUGUUGGCGCGCAACGGAGAUGUCAGUGUCGCAUGCGCUCGGCUACCGGAAUCAGAGGAGAAGAAACUGGAAGAGGCGGAGGCAGUGGCGCGUCUAUUCCUGCGAGCGAACUUUUCUAAAGACGCGGACUACGCCAGCACCAAGGAGACGUUGAUGGAGCUCGUUGGCUCGACCAUGUGA